GUUUGCAUCCCACACAAGUACAUCAAGCUGGUUAUGGAUUUCGAGAAGAUGAGGAAAUAUCCAUGGGGUCGUGACUCCUUUGAUUUGCUGGUGAAAUCCAUGAUCGAAGCUAGGGGCAAAGUGAAGAAGCAGAACAGUUAUGUUGUAGAUGGAUUCUCAUAUGCACUACAGAUUUGGUUGAUGGAGGCUAUUCCAGACAUCGGGUCUCUUUUGGGUCAGAAGCUCAGAGAAGGCGUCACUAGCAUGCGAUGUAGGAACUGGAAAGGAUCUGCUAAGGUUUCUUAUGACGAUAUUAUUAGCAUGGAGUCUAAUUUUGCAUCCACUGGAAAUGUAUUUCCAUACAUCUCUUCUACUGGAAAUUGCAAGAUCAUUGUUGAUGCUGGAUUUGAACGGGACGAUGAGAUGAAAGAUGAAAGAGUCGAUCUCAUCAUUGACAUGUACGAACAGAAGUAUGACUGGAGUAAACAUGUUUGGCAGCAUCAGGAAACUGUCCAAGCAUUUGUGUACAGUUCUGAUGAAGAUGGUUCAGAGGAAGAAGUGGCUCGUGAGUCGCGUGACACUGGACGGGAAGAAGUUGAAACCGUCCGUGUGUCUCCUGCAAAGAAGCGAAAGAACAAGUAUCAGGACAUUGGAGCCGAGUCAAGGAAGAAGAGGUUACUUUCCCAAAGAUCAGCUGACAAAUAUAGAGAUGUUGAAGAGGAAAUGAAGUCUUAUAUCCAGGGUAUGUUUAAGUCUUCAUUUACUUCCUUGGCGCUUGAGGUACGUGACAUAAUUGAAGACCGCUUCACCAAAUUAGAGGAGAAGUUGCUUUCAUCUCAGAAAACUGGUCCUUCUCCUGCUCCUACUCCAUCUUACACUCCUGGUCCUGUUCUAGCUUCUACUGAUGCUCCUACUACUGUUGCGGCUUCUACCUUUGAUCUUACUUCGGCUUCUACUCGCACUGGUGCUCCUCAAAAGACUUCUCGUGCUCCUGCUUCUUCUCGCGGUCGAGGUUCUGCUUCUUCUCGGGGCCGAGGUUCUGCUUCUACUCGCAGUCAAGAGUCGGCUCCCUCUCACACUGGUGCUCCUGCAGAUGCUGCAAAGACAAGGUCACAGACAAAGGUAAACAAGAAGUAGAUCUCUUUUGAUGUCAUGUACUGUUCUGGCGGUUUGUAAUAUAUAUUUAAGGAUGAUGUGUUGUUUGAUGUUUGUAAUAUAUAUGUAUGGAUGGUUAUGUGUACUUGCGGUUUGUAAUAU